UCAUCACGUCGCGCAGAAUAUGGCUGCAGCAAGCGCAGCGUAAACAAAACACCAAUGAUGAUUUCCUGAUGAUUUCAGGACAAAUUCUCAUCUGAUUUGGACUUAAAAGCUCAAAAUGUCGGACUCGUUAGGAACAGAGACUCUUCAGGACCGACUGGACCGUCUGAAGGAGCUCACAGAGUUCACAGAAAACUGCAAAAAGCAGCUGAACGAUAUAUGUGAGACGCUGGGCUGGUCGCUGGACCACAUGGACUCCAACCAGGAAGCGAUGGAGCAGUGUCCCUACGACUCCAACCACAGAGUCCCGGUGAGGAGCAUGGAGAAACACAAAGCCUCCUGCAGCCGCCGGAAGAUGGGCUACACUGCUGAGGAGGAGGCGGAGAUGUUGGACCCUUCUGUGUGUUAUGAGAACAGCAGUGUCAAAAGCUUUAUAAUGGACAAAUCCACCCAGCACCAGGUGAUCCUGCAGGCGAGAUCUGCUGCACCGCUGAUGAGGAUGGAGGGAGUCUUCUGGCAAGGUCAGUACUCCGGUCAGCCCGUGGACGUGCCUCAGAACCACAAGCGUGCGGUGUGUGACCUCACUGUGGCCGACCGGUUGGCUGUGUACGAUCAUGUGAUCAACGUCUUCGGCCAACAGAAGGACGCCGCUUCCUCCAGCAACGACGAUCUCUACGUAGAUCUGGUGUCCAAACUCCAGAAGAAUGAAGAACAGAACGAACCAAAGACUCACCUUGAGCUGAUGGCUGAGAUGAGGGACUACAAGAGACGGCGUCAGUCUUACCGAGCCAAGAACGUUCACAUCACCAAGAAGUCCUACACCGAGGUGAUCAGAGAGGUGAUCAACGUCCACUCAGAGGAGCUCACCAGAGAGUGGAGAGAGGAAGAGGACGAGGCGGAGUCGACGAGAUCUGAACUCUCCUCCCACAGGCGUCGGCCGGAUGAAAGACGGUCGGCGUCAUCCGAGUCUCGCCACUCCCACAACAGACGCCAUCGCAGUUGGGAACGAAGCCAAGACAGAGAAAGCAAGAAGAAGAAGAAGAAGAGAGAGCGGGAUUCCCGCUCCCCGGAUGACCACCACCACGAACGAAAGAAGAAGAAAAAGAAGAAGAAAGAGGAAAGGGAGAAGGAGAAGUGAUGAGUGCGGGAUCAGCAGCAACAGGAGUCAGAUCACAUGAGGUCAAAGGUCAUUGUGACCUCUACAGGUUAAAAGAUGUCGGGUGUCUUUAACAUUUUAAGUUCAUAAACGAGGGAAAGAAAUAAAUGGGAAUAAAGUUUUGGGAACCAACAA